AUGACGCGGCUACUGCCUAAUGCUCUUGCUGACGAGGAGUUCCUUUCCUGCAAGUGUGGCUUUACGUGUGGAACUCCGAAAGCCUUGGAGAAGCACCAGCAACGCGGCUGCUCUGCCUCGGAGGUGAAGCAAGGCCGAUGCCUGGGCCGAAGUCAAACCACAGCCUUCACACCCAGUGCGGGGCGAUGGUCGCAACCGAUGGUUCGGAAGGAGCUCUCGGACAGCUUGCACAAGCGGCCUGGGGCCGAACUUGGCAACUUGCUAAGUUCGGAUUGCGGCCAGGCUAUGCCUUUGUUUGAGAGGCCAAAGCUGCAGCAUUCACGGUCUGACGCUGUAAGUUCUCAAACCCUCAGUCGGAGAGAAGAAGGACGCUCAGCUGAUGUGGAUGAUUCGCACCUAACCUGCGGAUGUGGCUUUACCUGCGGGACGCCUUCUGCCAUGGACCGCCAUCAGAGGAGGUGCAGCUUGGAUGUGCGAUCCGCUCCUGCUAGUCCGGCUGCUGUGGACAAGGCGUUCGAUGUCCAGCUGAGAAGGAGGUUUGGCAGUGAACUACAAGCUCCAGUUGUGGACAAGGCAGCGUGCUCCCACAAUCUGGAGGAGGCAGAAGGCAAGACCGGGAGCUCUCUGAGGUUUCUUCUCGUGCGCCACGGGGAGAGUGCCAACCGGGGCAGCGCAAGCAAAUGCCCCGAUCCUGCGCUGUCUACUAAAGGCCAGCGGCAAGCGGAGGCAUUGGCUGACCGUUUGGUUGGCGAGAUGCAGAAGGUUGCGGCUGCUGGUGACCUGCAAAUCUGGUGUAGCCCCAUGCUGCGAUGCUUGCAGACAAUCAAGCCGACGAUGGACGUGUUGGACUUGCCGAAAAGCAAAUGCAUUUGCCAUGGUGCUUGCUACGAGCACGGCUGUGCAGGACUCUCUUUUGAGGGCACGCCAGCUGCGAUCAUUGAAGAGCAGUUUCCGAAUUUCCGGUUUACGGGCUUCAAUUCCCGGAGCCUCUGGGACUACAGUGGUAGCAAUGACAAGGAGACGUCGGAGGAGUGUGCCCGAGCUGUUCAGAAG